AGCCCCAGUCAGUGGCGGAGUCCACAAAGCAUGUGGAAGCCGCAGCAUGGAAAGUUACAGCUGUGUCUGGUGAACGUCGGAUUAUUUCCAGAUCAGAGGUUGGUAGCUCCUGAACCUAAACCACACAGCGGCGUUGCUGGAGGAAAAAGGCCCUGGCCGGCGGCAUGCGGCUUCCACGCCUCUCCAGCUCUGUGGUGACCGCGCUCCUGCUGGCCCAGACCUGCCUCCUGCUCUUCCUGGUCUCGCGGCCGAGACCCUCGUCCCUGGCCGGCAGUGAGGAGCGCGUGCACGUGUUGGUGCUGUCCUCGUGGCGCUCGGGCUCGUCGUUCGUGGGCCAGCUCUUCAGCCAGCACCCGGACGUCUUCUACCUGAUGGAGCCUGCAUGGCACGUGUGGGCCGCCCUGUCGCGGGGCAGUGCGACCGCGCUGCACAUGGCCGUGCGCGACCUGGUGCGCUCCGUGUUCCUGUGCGACAUGGACGUGUUCGACGCCUACCUGCCCUGGCACCGAAACCUGUCCGACCUCUUCCAGUGGGCGGUGAGCCGUGCCCUGUGCUCGCCGCCAGCCUGCAGCGCCUUCAGCCGCGACGCCAUCAGCACCGAGGUGGCGUGCAAGCUGCUGUGCGCGCGGCGGCCCUUCGGCCUGGCGCAGGAGGCCUGCCGCUCCUACAGCCACGUGGUGCUCAAAGAGGUGCGCUUCUUCAACCUGGAGGUGCUCUACCCGCUGCUCACGGACCCCUUGCUCAACCUGCGCAUAGUGCACCUGGUGCGCGACCCGCGCGCCGUGUUGCGCUCCCGGGAGCAGACGGCCAAGGCUCUGGCGCGCGACAACGGCAUCGUGCUGGGCACCAACGGCACGUGGGUGGAGGCCGACCCGAGCUUGCGCGUGGUGAGCGAGGUGUGCCGCAGCCACGUGCGCAUCGCUGAGGCCGCCCUGAGCAAGCCGCCACCCUUCCUGCGGGGCCGCUACCUGCUGGUGCGCUUCGAGGACCUGGCACGGGACCCACUGGCCGAGAUCCGGGCGCUCUAUGCCUUCACCGGCCUGCACCUCACGCCGCAACUUGAGGCGUGGAUCCUCAACAUCACGCACGGGACCGGGAUCGGCGCGCGCCGCGAGGCCUUCAAGACCACCUCCAGGGACGCUCUCAACGUGUCCCAGGCCUGGCGCCUCGCGCUGCCCUUCGCCAAGAUUCGCCGCGUGCAGGACCUGUGCUCGGGCGCCCUGCGGCUGCUGCGCUACAGACCAGUGUUCUCCGAGGAUGAGCAGCGGGACCUCACUCUAGACCUCGUGCUGCCCCGAGGUCCGAGCAGCUUCAAGUGGGCAUCGUCCACCAACGCGCAGCCCAGGCCCUAGCAAGGCCCCAGUGGUGGCCCGUGAGGAGUGUGGUGGGGUGGGGGGAUGGGCGAACAAGGAAGCCAACCAGCCAGCAGGGGACCAGAGUGUGGGGACCCUCCCUUGUGCCAGGAAGGGGCUGAGCCCCCAGAUUCCAUAUUUCUUUCCCCCUAGAUUCGUGGCUUUCUUUUGCGCUCUGUUUGGGAGCUGGGUUAGCAACAGGUACAUUCUUUAGGGAAAGCCAAACUCUUGCCCUCAUUUCCUCUGGGGAGAGGGGCGACUUGGCUCCUACUCAAGUGUUUUCUUUUGCCCUAAUUCUGACCUCCCUUAGGAUGCACCACGUGGGGACUGGGAAGGUGUUCCAGCCCUGGCUAGGAGCACAGGGCCCUGCAGUGAGCCAGCUCCUGAAGUUCUCAUAUCCCCCUCUCCCCUCUGUCCUGGACUCGGUUCCACCCAUGCCCCGUUGAAGUGGUGGGGGUUAGACUCACCCACAACUUCCGUGAGGCAUCAUGAGAUACCUCUGUCUGUGGUCUUCCAUCAGCCUCUGCUCCACCUCCCAGCAGCCCACUUGUCCCCUUAGGAGGAACCUUUUCAUAAAUCUUUGAUUUGUCUUGAUGGGGAAAAUCCCUACUUCUGGAAAUAAACACAAUAAUUGACUCA